GAUAAGAAGUGGUAUCUGCGAUGCGCGCGCAUUCUAUCGGCGACCAGCUGUUCUGUACAUGUAUGUAGGGGAUUGCUUGCAGUCGAUCUGAAGACACGGUACGACAACAUACCUCACAGCUGAUCAAAACAGAGUGAAUCACCAUGUCGCUAUUAGCGGAAUCACCGAAUGCCAAGCUGAACAAGACUGUUCUGGACAAGUUCCUCUCUCUGCCACAGCCCGACAACAAGGUUCAGGCGGAAUACAUCUGGAUUGAUGGAACCGGAGAGUCCCUCAGAGCUAAAACAAGGACUCUGGACUUUACACCCAAGAGUUUGUCAGAACUACCAAUCUGGAACUACGAUGGCAGUUCUUGUUAUCAGUCGGAAGGCAGCAACUCCGACACAUACCUCUACCCCGUAGCCAUGUACAAAGAUCCCUUCCGCCGAGGAAACAACAUCCUGGUCCUCUGUGAAACAUACAAGUACAACAAGAAACCCACAGAGACUAAUCAUCGCCUCACUUGUGCUGAAGUGAUGAAGAAGGCUGCAGAUCAGAAACCAUGGUUUGGCAUUGAACAAGAGUACACAUUACUGGACAUGGAGGGAAGACCUUUUGGCUGGCCUAAGAAUGGUUUUCCAGGCCCACAGGGUCCCUACUACUGCGGUGUUGGAGCUGACAAAGUUUACGCACGAGACAUCGUAGAAGCUCACUACCGAGCUUGCCUCUACGCAGGAAUCACCAUCUCUGGGAUCAACGCUGAGGUCAUGCCUUCACAGUGGGAGUUCCAAGUAGGUCCAUGUGAAGGUAUUUCCAUUGGAGACGAGCUGUGGGUAGCUCGGUAUUUGUUGCACCGUGUUGCGGAAGAGUUUGGCGUCUGUGUUACUCUCGACCCCAAGCCCAUGCCUGGUGACUGGAACGGAGCCGGAGCUCAUUGCAACUUCAGCACAGCUUCAAUGAGAGUAGACAAUGGAAUCAUAGAGAUUGAGAAGGCCAUUGACAAGCUGUCCAAGCAACACAUUCGUCACAUCCAGGCCUACGAUCCCAAGGGAGGGAAGGACAACGAGAGACGACUCACUGGCAAACACGAGACAUCAUCCAUCCAUGACUUCUCUGCAGGUGUCGCGAAUCGUGGCGCCAGCAUCCGCAUUCCCCGAGGUUGUGCUGAAGAGAAGAAAGGUUACUUGGAAGACCGACGUCCCUCAUCUAACUGUGAUCCCUACAAAGUAGCGGAAACCAUCGUUCGCACCUGUUGCCUGGACGAGUAAACUAGGCCAUAUUCCAGCUGUAUUAUAAGCAACAAAGUGCAUUAUCUACGUUUGACGUUUGCUAUCAUUGUAUUAUGUAUUUUUAAUGGAUAUUAACAGAUUAUAUAAGUAAUUUUUUAAAGUAAAUGGUUAUUUUUAUAUAAGUCUUCUUGUUGGGACAUGUUUCAAUUCCUGACAUUGUUUAAUAAUGUACAAAUGACAAAUUAAUAUAUUAAACCAUUUGUUAUAUAAACA